AAAUUUCAGUUCGUUGUAAAAGUCCAGCUACGUUUUGUCGCUGACUUUUUGCUGCAACUGUUAUUUGUAUUUGCAAUCUUAUUUAAUUACCAACAAUGCACACGGAUUGCGUUUGGCAUAAAGUUGUAGUUACAGUAAUUUCGGACUCAUAGUUGUUACUUGUCUUGUACGUCUGUCAUUUUCUUGGUUAAAGACUAGAAAGGAGAUUGGGGAAAGGUGGAAGGCACUCCCCUCUGAUGAGAAAAAGAGGUUUGUCGAAAUGGCUAAGGCGAGCGCUGAGGAACACGCCAAAGUAGUACCAUGUGCACCGAAGUCUGAAAAGGGUAAAAGGCAACUCCGCAUAUCAUUGAAGUCAAUUGUUGAGCUAGUUAACCGGUUCAACGAAGCACAAAAGCAGGCAGUCAUUGACAUUGGGUUUGCUGGCCUCCUGGGGAUGAAGUGUACACGUAUAGAUCACGACUUGUGCGCAUGGUUGGUAUAUAACUUCGAUCCUGACAGUAGUUCAUUGAAUGUUCAUGGUUGUCAAGUCAGGCUCACGUGUAAGGCAGUUAAUGUUUUAUUGGGAAUACGGUGUGAAGGCGAUGACGUGCAGUUGGCUGGGUCAUUGGAAGCAUAUCCCAAUAUCUACGAUGAGGUUGGAGUUGUUAACGGAGUCAUUCCUUUGAACAAGUUGAGACUUUAUCUGACCGAGACUGCUGGUGCGGAGGACGAGUUUCGGCGGAAAUUUGCGCUGUACGUGUUGGGGGCCAUGUUGUGUCCUACCACAAUGACCGGGUUGAAGCCAUCGUUCAUUCAUGCCGUGAAGGACGUGAAUCGUAUGCGAGCUUGUAAUUGGGCAAAGUUGACACUGCAAUUCCUUCACAACGGUGUUCGCAAGUAUAAAGGUCAUCGCGGUGCAACUGGAUGUGUUUUCCUGCUAAUGGUAUGCCAAUACCUUGAAUUUUUUUUCCAUUCCCCCCUUCAUGUGUUUCAUGCAUUGUUCUGUCAUGGUUCAACAAAUUGGCCUUGAUUGGGACAUACAAUGGUACCUGCUUUGUGAGUACGACAAACAGCACUCUUCCUGACCAAGUAUGGUACUUGCAGAAAUAAAUUUUGUGUGACUACCGUCAUGAAUUUAAGAACAAAGAGUACAGGGCA